CCUAAUAAUGGCGGCGCCUGUGGUGCGAUUGGAAGUUGUGCUGAAUUAAAUCGCAGGGUUUUGUAAAUACUUAUUUUUUGUUGUGGUUUGGCGAGAUCCACGUGAUACAGGGCUUCUGGAAAGUGUAGUCCUGACGGUCUGUCCGUCACGCAGUGCUGCCAGCCUUCAACAGAUGAAGGAGAACAAGGAGAACUCAACCCCCCACAAUCCCACCGCAGCCCUGGACCACAUCAAGCCCUGCUGGUACUGGGACAAGAAGGACCUGGCGCACACGCCGUCCCAGUCAGAAGGGCUCGACCCUGCCACGGAGGCGCGGUACAGGAGAGAGGGGGCCAGGUUCAUAUUCGAUGUGGGCACGCGCCUGGGGCUGCACUAUGACACCCUGGCAACCGGAAUCAUUUACUUUCACCGCUUCUACAUGUUCCAUUCUUUCAAGCAGUUUCCCAGAUAUGUGACGGGGGCGUGCUGUCUCUUCCUGGCGGGGAAGGUGGAGGAGACCCCGAAGAAGUGCAAGGACAUCAUCAAAACGGCCCGCAGCCUGCUGAACGACGUCCAGUUCGCCCAGUUUGGGGACGACCCCAAGGAGGAAGUGAUGGUGCUGGAGAGGAUUCUGUUGCAGACGAUCAAAUUCGACCUUCAGGUGGAGCAUCCGUACCAGUUUCUGCUGCGCUAUGCCAAACAGCUGAAGGGUGACAAAAAUAAAGUCCAGAAACUGGUUCAGAUGGCAUGGACCUUUGUAAAUGACAGCCUGUGCACCAUGCUGUCCCUGCAGUGGGAGCCCGAGAUCAUCGCUGUGGCUGUCAUGUACCUGGCGGGCCGCCUGUGCAAGUUCGACAUCCAGGAGUGGACCUCCAAGCAGUCGUCCCGCCGCUGGUGGGAGCAGUUCGUCCAGGACGUCCCCGUGGAGCUACUGGAAGACAUCUGCCAUCAGAUCCUGGACCUGUACUCGCAGGGCAAGCAGCCAAUCCCCCAGCAGCCCCCGCUGCAGGAGAAGGAGAAGGCCCCGCCCUCGGCCCAGCCCCCGCAGCAGUCCCCAAACCCUCCGGCCCCACCCCCACCCAAGAAGACCUCCCCCCAGGCCAGCUCCCCCCGGCAGCUCAAACGGCCACCUCCGGCUGCAUCCCCAAAAGAGGAGCCAAAACCGCCAGAACAAGUGGGUGCCAAAAUCCCUCGUCUGGAGACACCAAUGCCUCCACUGCCCACAGCACAGCCCCCGCCUGACCGCAAGCCCCCACCCACCACGCCUGCCCCGCCUGCAGAGGUAGAACCACCGCCAGCAGCAGCAGCAGUAUCAGGGGGCGACUCCGCAGAGGUGCCCAAAGGUCCGGUGCCCCCUCCGCCCCAUACGGCCCCCGUCCACCAGGCCCCGCCCCUCCCCCACCGGCCCCCGCCCCCGCCCCCGUCCAGCUACAUCCCCCUGGGGGGAAUGUCCACCUCUAGCUCAUACAUGUCCGGGGAGGGCUUCCAGAGCCUGCAGUCCAUGAUGAAGACCGAGGGCCCCUCCUACAGCGCCAUGCCCCCCUCUUACGGCCCGCCCCUGCAGUACCAUCCCCACGUCUAUCCACCCAGCGCCCCGCCCCCCUCCUCCUACCCCCCGCCCAACCUCCCGCCCCCCUCCCCCGCAUACCCGCCCCCAGGGUACAACCACAGUUUCCCACCCCCUCCGCCUCGUAUGGGUCCUGGGAUGGGCAUGCCCCCCACCAGCUACCCACCCCCUGGGCCCCCAGGUCCUCCCGGCCCCCCUGGCCCCCCUGGUCCUCCUGUCCCACCUGGUCCCCCUGUCCCCCCCGUGGGGCAGACUCAGGUACCCCUCCCCCCGCCUGGCAUGCCCCCUGUGGGCGGCCUGAACCGAGGAGGGUGGAUGAGAUGAAACCGCAGUGAGAAAGUGACAGAGAGAGAAAAGCUGGGCUGGCAUUCGCUCCUCCAAGAGAGGACCUCACCCCUAAACCCUCUCUGGAUCUGAAAGCGGGACAGGAGCGAGGCUAGAGUAUCAGAGAGAGGGUGAGGCUUCACAAACCCCAAAGUGGGUGUGGUCAUCACUCCCUUUGCUGGGGAGAGCAAAGCCUUCUGUUCAAAGUGAGUGAAUGACAGCACAUGGUAGUUCUGCCCAUCAUGGGAUACAUGAAGCCUCAGUCUCUAGAGAAACACCUCACCAGAUGAGGGUUUGUUAAUUCCACACAUUUGUCAGUUCUCAAAAAAAAUGUCAGUUCCAUCUUUCCACAUUAGACUCCAUGUCUGUUGUCAUGUUUGUCAGGGCCCAUCAUUCAAAAAACAGAUUUGGAAUUGAUUGAAAAGGUGGAGAUGCCCGAUUGGCUGAUACAUGUUCUCUCUUUAAGUUGUUGAUCACUGCUGGUCCAUGAA